GUGAGUGAGACACAGCAGAGGUUGUGUGUUGCUGCUGAUGAGAGAGAGACAGAUAUAACUGAAACAUCAUCCGUCGACUAAAAAACAGGACCUCACGAACGCAUCUCAAAUCUCGGAUUUGAGUUUAACGGAUACAUCGGGGCCGAGGGAUUCAAAUAAAAGGGAUUCGCGCUUUAUUUGGGGGAUUAACGGUGGUCUUGAUCUGAUUUGAUCCCGCUAACAGGCUAAUAACAAGCGCAGGUGGAUGACUCGCCAGACUCGACCUGGAUGUUGGCCUGUUUUUAAGGAAGACAUACUGAGGAAUAAAACACCGAGCGUCAAAUCAAAUUAAAGGAUUCAUUCAGCUCUGACGGGAAGAAGAAACAUCACGGGUGGUCUUUUAUUGUAAACUGGAAAAUCAAAUGAGCGGGGGUCGUAUGGGCCAGCUAGUCGGCUAUUUGGUUUACCUCAGAUGUGGAGGAUGCUGAAGCUAACCGCUCUGGAACAAUCUAUUUAAGGGUUUUCGGGGUUUUUUCUGUCUAAUAUACGCAAUGACAGUUGUUUAAAACAAAGUCUGUUGUGCUUAACAUGUAAAAAAUCUGAUAUGUUAACCUUUAGACAAUCUGAGUAAGAAGAAUGAAUACACUGCCUCGUGUUUAUACAAAAUAACCAGUCUUUAAUCAUUAAUAGUUGAUCCAGGGAAGCGUCAAGCCUGUUAUAAGUGUACCAUUAAUGUGAACUUAAAAAUAAUGAUUUGCUUAUGAGGGAGUUAAAGGUUAUGUAAUUUGGAUAUACAGUGUAACAUUGAUAUAGCUUUUGAGGAAUUUCAUGUAUUUUCUUAUACAGUUAUAGAUUUUGAAAUUCUAUUUUUCAUGACGUGUUUUUUUUAAUGGGUAGCAAUCUUAAGCACUGAAGUAAUCCUGUUAUUAUGUGUUGAUUAGGAUGUGGAUCAGCAUGUUUUGAGAAGUCUUAUGUUAAAUGGAUUAGAUGACUUUGAAUGCGGAACAGGAAAACAGCCAGUUUUUUUUCUUUCUUUUUUUUAUGGGGAGGUUUGCAUAUCGGAAAAAAUAUCUCGGCCCGUAUUACGGCAGUGAAACAUUAUCCCUGUGUCUGCAAAAGUAAACAGUAGUUGAUCAUUUACAGGGAGCUGGACGCUUACGCAUGGGUCUCAACAAGGAUAUUUCUUUUGGUGCGUAUGCUGGAAGAGGCCACCAACUGCUUUUGAAUUCCCGAACAUUAUUAUCUUGUGGGAUCAUAACAAAGGAUUGGAAUUUCUGGAAUAUUUCCAAUCGUCGGAGGAGAGAGCUCUUCUUUUCAAUGGAGCAAGUUCUCUCCAGCCCUCAGGGGUGUUCUGAGUGGGAGGUGAGCGGGAAAGCCGAGUGGGAAUCCGAGCAGGAUCCGCUCGGAUUUCUUCUUAUGGACAAAGACAACAGUUCUGUUGGUGAUUCCACCAAUGAAAUUUUUCAGGAGAAUGCCAUAAACCUAGAUGACCUGUUUUGGUCCUCGCAGUAUUCUGGGCAGACGUAUUCCUGGGAAAAUGGUUUGGAAUGUGUCUAUCCCGAAUGGAAGGCUCAGCCGGGUCCUUCCCAAAAUCUCAAGGGGGAAGGGUCUCCUGGAAAUUUGGAAAUUGUCGAUGGGGAUCUCAUCUGUUUUAAUUCUAGAUCUACUAGUCCUACGUUCUCGAACGUACAAUCGCAGAAUCAAAAUACUUUUUAUAACCCUCCCGAACAGGUGCCUGAUUUCCUGCAACCAAUGGAGGUUACUGCCACUUCAAACCCUCUAGAUGUGUACACAGGUGAGCUGGGUAUUAUUCAGUCUGACAAAACACUACUCCAAGAAUCCCACCUCCUUGAGGACACGCAUUUAACAAACUGUGAGUUCAGCCAUAGUUCCUUAGAGGAAAGAACAUUUGUGAACAAUGACAGCCAGAGCUUCCAUCUCUCUCUGGAAUCUGAAGGUUUGUUGCCUGUUUCUCCUGUGGAGUUGUCAUGCACAGAUACGAACUCAAAUCCCAAGCCUUCAAUUAUUAGUCAAUUUACACCAGAACACAUCUACCUCCCAACCUCAGCCCUUCCCUGUGAGCCCAUCCCUCCAACAACGUGUACAGAACCAACUGUCUCGUCAUUUCACGAGGGUAGUGCUCCCCUUCCAAUGGACGAGUUGGAGAUGUUGUUACCCGGGCUGCUGGAUGGAGGUCUGCACUCGGCUAGUAACGAGACCCAUGAUGAUGAUCUUCAGACACAAGAGACAACAAAUGCUAACAUGGAAACAACACAACUAUCUUCUGAAGUAGAGACUGUAUAUAGGACUCCAUUAGGUGAGUCUUGCAUAUCAUCCGAAGUUUGUGAAGAAUCAUUGUGUGAUUUAUCAACAGAAUGCACAUUUGAUGUACCAUUGGAAAUGGUUGGAGAAGAGUUCGAGGAGGAGGUCAUGUCCAAUGCUACAACUGCUAAUGUUUUUUCUGAAGCUGAAACAGGACUUGCAUUAUUUGAUAUUGUUGAUUUACAAGUAGAAGAUCUUUCAGCUGAAAGCCUGCUGGACAAAGAUGAACAUAAGGAGUCCACAUCACCCUUGCCGGUCAGCACGUCUGAGCAUAAUGCCUUAAUUGAUCUCUCACCUGAAGAUGACAUCUUAACUGAAGACCACAGCCAGUCCACACCUUCAACCAAGGCUGACGCCUUAUUUGAGGUGCCCCGUGAUGGAGAUAUUCCUGAUUCCACAUUUGAGAUCUUAACAGACAGCGUCUCUUGUGAAGCUGUACCAUCUUUAGACUCUGAAAAUCCACCUGUGACAGUACAGGUCAAAUGUGAUGCAAACUCACCUGAUCUUGAAUCAAAUUCACUCACCCUUGAAUUUCAAGACAGAGCUGAAGCCUUAUUUGAGGUGCCCCAUGAUGGAGAUAUUCCUGAUUCGAUUUUGGAGAUCUUAACAGACAGCACAUCUUGCGAAGCUUUACCAUCUUUAGACUCUGUAAUUCCACCCGUGACAGAACAGGACAAAUGUGAUGCAAACUCACCUGAUCUUGAAUCCAGUUCCCUCACCCUUGACUUUCAGUAUAAAGCUGAUUCCAUAUUUGAGGUGCCCCAAGAUGGAGAUAUUCCUAAUUCCACAUUGGAGAUCUUAACAGACAGUGUCUCUUGCAAAACUGUACCAUCUUUAUUGGACUCUCUCAUUCUAUCUGUCACAGAACAGGACAAAUGUGAUGCAAACUUACCUGAUCUUGAAUCCAAUUCAUUCACCCUUGAAGCCUUCUCUGAGGCGCCCCAUGAUGGAGAUAUUCCUGAUUCCACAUUUGAGAUAUUAACAGACAGUGUCUCUUGCGAAGCUGAACCGUCUUUAUUGGACUCUCUCAUUCUAUAUGUGACAGAACAGGACAAAUGUGAUGUAAACUCAACUGGUCUUGAAUCCAAUUCACUCACCAUAGAAAUUCAGGAUAAGGCUGAUUUCUUAUUUGAGGUGCCCCAUGAUGGAGAUAUUCCUAAUUCCACAUUGGAGAUCUUAACAGACAGCGUCUCUUGUGAGGCUGAACCGUCUUUAUUGGACUCUCUCAUUCCACCUGUCACAGAACAGGACAAAUGUGAUGCAAACCCACCUGAUCUUGAAUCCAGUUCCCUUACCAUAGAAAUUCAGGAUAAGGCUGAUUCCUUAUUUGAGGUGCCCCAUAAUGAAGAUAUUCCUAAUUCCACAUUGGAGAUCUUAACAGACAGUGUCUCUUGUGAAGCUGUACCAUCUUUAUUGGACUCUCUCAUUCUAUAUGUGACAGAACAGGACAAAUGUGAUGUAAACUCAACUGGUCUUGAAUCCAAUUCACUCACCAUAGAAAUUCAGGAUAAGGCUGAUUCCUUAUUUGAGGUGCCCCAUGAUGGAGAUAUUCCUAAUUCCACAUUGGAGAUCUUAACAGACAGCGUCUCUUGUGAGGCUGAACCGUCUUUAUUGGACUCUCUCAUUCCACCUGUCACAGAACAGGACAAAUGUGAUGCAAACUCACCUGAUUAUGAAUCCAGUUCACUCACCCUUGAAGUGUUAUCUGAGGCGCCCCAUGAUGGAGAUUUUCCUGAUUCCUCAUUGGAGAUCUUAACAGACAGUGUCUCUUGCGAAGCUGUACCGUCAUUAUUGGACUCUCUCAUUCCACCUGUCACAGAACAGGACAAAUGUGAUGCAAACUCACCUGAUCAUGAAUCCAAUUCACUCACCCUUGAAGCAUUAUCUGAGGCGCCCCAUGAUGGAGAUAUUCCUAAUUCCACAUUUGAGAUCUUAAUAGAUAGCGUCUCUUGCGAAGCUGAACCGUCUUUGUUGGACUCUCUCAUUCCACCUGUGACAGAACAGGACAAAUGUGAUGUAAACUUAACUGGUCUUGAAUCCAGUUCACUCACCCUUGAAUUUCAGGAUAAGGCUGAAGCCUUAUUUGAGGCGUCUCAUGAUGGAGAUAUUCCUAAUUCCACAUUUGAGAUUUUAACAGACAGUGUCUCUUGCGAAGCUGUACCAUCUUUAUUGGACUCUCUCAUUCCACCUGUCACAGAACUGGACAAAUGUGAUGCAAACUCACCUGAUCAUGAAUCCAGUUCACUUGAAGUGUUAUCUGAGGCGCCCCAUGAUGAAGAUAUUCCUGAUUCAACAUUUGAGAUCUUAACAGACAGCAUCUCCUGCGAAGCUGUACCAUCUUUAGACUCUGUAAUUUCUCCUGUAACAGAACAGGACCAAUGUGAUGCAAACUCACCUGAUCUUGAAUCUGAUUCAGUGACCCUUGAAGCCUUAUUUGAGGCGCCCCAUUAUGGAGAUAUUCCUGAUUCCACUUUGGAGAUCUUAACAGACAGCAUUUUUUGUGAAGCUGUACCAUCUUUAGACUCUGUAAUUUCUCCUGUAACAGAACAGGACGAAUGUGAUGCAAACUCACCUGAUCUUGAAUCCAGUGCACUCACCCUUGAAUUUCAGGAUAAUGUAACAAAUGUUGAAACACACAACCUAGACACUGACCCUGAGGCUGUGGAGAGACAGCGAGCCGACGAUACACCCACAACAGGCAACACAGAAGACUCAGACAUAAUCGAAAUUUUAGAGAGCUUAAAUUUGCAUCAAAAUCAAGAGGCAACCAAUUUGGAUAUUUCUAGUUUAAACCUGGAAAACAGUAAACCUGACAAUCAAGAAUUGAAUGCAAUGAGUGAAACCUGUCAGGAACAAGUUAAUAUGCUUGUGGAAGAUCUCACACCUUUGGACCAACCCAACGACUCUUUGACUGCAAACUCAAGUACAACUGUAAUAGAUAAACCUGCAGAAAAUGUAACAGCUCACAAUGACAGUCACAAUGCACCUCCAAAUGUUGAAGAGAAACUUCACAGUGUGUCUUUACAGGGAGGGGAGAGAUCAGAUUACAGUAUGUCUACACAGAAUCAAGUCAUACCUCAUUGUGAAAGUAAUCCUGAUUCUUUAGAAUCCACUCCCUUCAACUGUACAGGUGAUCAGCUGACCGUGACAGGUGGAGAAGUGGGGCCGGACCUUACAGAGACCACAGAGACACCUGGCCAAUUGCAUGAAGCUAUGGGAGAGGGAGAGGGAGAGGCGGGGUUUCCCGCUCAGGAGGAUUUCCAUGAGCUGACACUAUCACAGAAAGACCUGGCACAAGAGCAACAAGUGAGCUCAGUCGCCCCCAGCUCUCCUCCCUCGCACAGAAAUGUCUUUCCCUGUGGAGCCAGCCUGGAUGGGGAGGCCUACCUGACCUUGAUGGAGAAUAAUCCUGAUACUCCCAACAUUCCCAAACAUGCAGAAAUGACUCUGGACCUGUGCAAGGCCUCAGAUGCUCUACCGACCAAAUCGCUCCAUGACCAGAGGGUCCCUGUGGAUUUGAUAAACGUGCCUAUAGCCCAUAAAAGCGAGGAGCAGUCGGCUCUCCGAGCUGUUUUCCAGGCUUUGGAUCAGGAUGGAGAUGGAUUCGUCCAUAUUGAGGAGUUCGUUGAGUUCGCAAAAGCCUAUGGAGCCGAACAGGUGAAGGAUCUGACACGGUUCUUGGAUCCCAGCGGUCUGGGUGUGAUCAGUUUUGAGGAUUUCCACAGAGGCAUCAGCGCAAUCAGCAAUGAAGGAUCUGAUCCAGACCUCUACAAGACUCAUCUCAGCGCAGUGGAAGCUAAUGGACCUCCAGAGGAAUAUGACGAGCAGGCGGAGGUCUCAGACAGCGCCUAUCUCGGGUCGGAGAGUGCCUACAGUGAGUGUGAAACCUUCACAGACGAGGACACGACGGCUUUGGUUCAUCCAGAACUCCAUGAGGACGUGGAGACAGACAGCGGCAUUGAAAACACACUCACGGAUGGAGACGAUCGCAACAGGUUCACACUGGGCUCUGAUUUGAAUGGCCACACCCUCGUGGCCGUGAUUGGAGGAGAGGAGGAGCACUUUGAGGAUUUCGGUGAGAGUAACAACACUUCAGACCUGCUGCUAGCCAAUCAGGAGGAUGGAGGGGCGGGGCCUGAGGGGGAGGGAGAUGCAGAGCCACUCCCACACCCAGACAGCCCACUGCCCCGCCCACUGAUGCUGCUGUCGCCUAGCCCCAGCUCUUUUCCUGCUAGUUUCCAGAGUUUCCUUCAGUCGGAGGCGCUGGAGUUUUUCUGCACUCACUGUCACAAGCAGAUCAGUCGUCUGGAGGAUCUGUCCACGCGACUGCAGAUGCUAGAGAUGAAUAGUUCCAGCAAGAGAAUGUCCAGUAAGAAAGCAGCAAGACACUUGCAGCAGUCCGGCACUCUGGAUGUCAUGGGAGAUCUGACUCAAGACAUUUUGGACCUUGCGGAUCGUGACAUCACAGACAAGGUGUUGCUGUUGGAGAAGCGCGUGUGCGAGCUGGAGAAGGACUCGUUGGAGAGCGAAGAACAGCAUGCGCGUCUGCGACAGGAGAACCUUACUCUCGUCCACCGGGCAAACGCUCUGGAGGAGCAGCUGAAGGAGCAGGAGCUGCACGCGGAGGAGAACUUGCUCGCGCACACACGUAAACACAGAGAUGCUCUGAACAAACUCCAGCGAGAGAGAGAUCUGGAAAUCGAAAACCUCCAGGCCAGGCUGCAUCAGUUGGAUGAGGAGAACAGCGAACUGAGGUCAUGUGUUCCCUGUCUGAGAGCCAACAUCGAGAGACUUGAGGAGGAAAAGAGGAAACUUCAAGAUGAGGUUGACGACGUCUCGGAUCGAUUGAAUGAAGAAAUCGAAUCUCGCAGGAAAAUGUCUGACAAACUGAGCCAUGAACGCCAUACGAACCAGAAAGAGAAGGAGUGCACUCAGGGGUUGAUAGAGGACUUGAGAAAGCAGCUGGAACACCUGCAGCUGUUUAAGUUGGAGACCGAAGCGAGAAGAGGACGAUCGGCCAGCUCCGGCCUGCAGGAAUACAACACUCACAUGAGAGAGAACGAACUGGAGCAGGAGAUACGCAGACUCAAACAGGAUAACCGCAGUCUAAAGGAGCAGAACGAUGAGCUGAACGGUCAGAUCAUUAAUCUGAGCAUCCAAGGAGCGAAGAGCCUGUUUACUGAAUCUCUUUCCGAGUCACUCGCCGCCGAGAUCAACAACGUCUCCCGUGCUGAGCUGAUGGAGGCCAUCCACAAACAGGAGGAGAUCAACUUCCGUCUGCAGGACUACAUUGACCGCAUCAUCGUCGCCAUCAUGGAGUCCAACCCCUCCAUCCUGGAGGUCAAAUAAUCAUCAUGGCGAUGACUUUAUCUAAUUUAUGAACUAAAACGGGAGGCAAGAGACAUAAAGAACAGACUUGGAGAUGAUGUGAAGAAUCCAAUCAUUAUGUUGAUCAAAUAAUUUAAUAAUUCAGAGCACUGUCUGUCGUAUGAAUGUGUGUAUGUGUGAGUUUGUGUGAACGACCCUGUCCUUCGGUUCCUGUGACUUCCCUGUGUUUUGGGAUUGAGGUGCCCAUUACUUCUGUGUAUGUGCGUGUUCACAAUUCAUAGAUUGAAUUUCAGUGUAAGAAACUAGUUUGUUUUAAGUGACCAGUUUAAGUCUGGUUAAAGCAGUCACACCGUUAGCCCAUGUGAGGGACAUUUGCUGACCUGAGGGUUGAGCGUGUGCGUACGAUUUGGCUCGUAAACGAGUUUUUGCUGAAUGUGCUGAGUUUUUUCUUUAAAUAUUUAUUACGAUGAUGCGGAACGCGAAGGAUCAAAAAAGACUGACGCCCACCGUCAAUGUUGCAAUGUUGCAUUGUGGGUAAGGUAAUCGGUCCUAUGCGAUUUCCUGCUGAGAAUAUUCAUCUGCCGCCUCCUGUAAUCCUGGAUUAUUUCUGAAAGACUUUGAAUUUCUGUACAAAGGACUCUUAAAAUCUCACUGGAAAUGUUCAUUGCACUUCAAAUGAUUUUAUUUUGAAAAAUGUCUGUUUGCUAUUUAAAUUGUUUGAAAGAAAUAAGGUUGAAGCUGUUUUAUCAACGUUGGCGGGAAAAGAAGCGGACGCUGAAGCACUGGAGAAUUCGAAGCGUUAACGCGGGAAAAAAGACUUUUGCUUCAUUUCUAAGUUUCAGAACUCUUUCUGUUUGUCUCUGGUGAAUUUAAAUGUAAAUAUCGAUCUAGAACGUUUGUAUCUUGCGUUCUUUGAAUCGUAUUUUUAUGGACAAAUGGAAAUAAGAUUCCGUUUCAUUUUGUCUUCCACCUGACUGAUCUGUUGGCGUCUGUUCCAGCGCGCCAUUAUGGAUGUACUUCCCUCUCAUCCGGGACACGCAUGUUUGAUUUUCAUCUUUUUUCUCCAGAAAAUCCAGUAAGGAGUUUUAAACGAGUUUAAAAGAAAGAUUAGACCUAAUCCUUCUUAUUUCCUCUUACUGGAUUGUGGAAAAGCACGUUUCAGUCCACAUUUUUCUUUUCCCCUUUCUCUGACUCGCGUAUUUCGGUUUUAAGAACCGUCCGAUCAGUUUUUCACGCAAGACAAUGCUGGAGAACAUUUGAAGACGACUUCGCUGCUGUUUUAGAGCUACUGUAAUGAUACUGAUGGACAUUAAAACGCGGGAACGUUGCUUCUGUGAAUUUGCCGCCAGCUGUCUCGUUCCUUAACUUCCUUAAAGAGACACUAAGGAAAGACCCGAUUGAAUCUACUGCUCUUGAUCUGUCUGAUGUUAAACAGCUGUUGUAUAUGAUUUAAGAUAUGUCAACACACUUUUCCAAUGUCCAAAGACAACAUUUCACCGCUUAGAAGGAGUUCUGCUUGCCACUUAGACUUUAAAAGACUAAUAAUAGUUAUAAAUACAUGUUAAUAAAAGAAAAAGGACUCAUCUUAUUGAAGGAUACAAUUGUAAAAAAAAUGAUGUUUACUCUAAUUGUUAAGGUUACUGUAUAAAUGAAAGAUAUCAGUAUUGUCUUCUGUUGAAUGUUUUGCUUUCUUUUGAAGAUGCCCCCUAAGAUGUAUCUUUUACUGUUCGGGGUCUUAUAGAUUUUCAAAUAAUUGUAUGAAGGUUAAAAGAAAAGUGAAAAUAAAAUUAGUCACCAAUAAAUUAAGUGCAAAUAA